CUGCAGCAGCCGAUGCGACAUGAGUGUUUAGGCUAGAUACCAAAGCGAUAUCACGCCUGAGGUAUUUUAUUUCAUUAGUGAAGUGAAUUUAACUAUGUGCUAAAAAAUUAGAUUUAUCGUGAAUUCUUAUAAGUCAUAUGCCCCUUUCCAGCUCUUGCACCAAUCGUGUUUGUAAAGCUGUUGGCCGAGGGCACGUCAAGCGUGUGUUGAUAUGGAAAUUACGAUUUGAACCCGCAUGGGUUCGACCUCCACUUCGUUACUACUUGGCCAAGAUGGCGAGUUUUGCAAUCGGGAUUGAAAGCGUGUCUCCAACAGCACCGUCGUUCACGACAACAAGCGCCUCUGAGCCUGAACUGACAACAGCUAAUUCUUUAUCGGCCUCUACUACCGCGCUUCCAACACCUUCAUAUCGCCUACCGGGAGACCUGCGUCCAGAACAUUACACUUUGGAAAUUAAAACUUUCCUGGACGGAGAAAAUUCGCGAUUCGAGGGGCGCGUCCUGAUUAGGGUUAAAUGUGAGAAGGACACGUCUCGAGUGGUGGUGCAUUCUACAGACCUCAUCUUAAAUACCGACCAAGUGAGAGUCGGAGACAAAGAAAUCAUCGGUCACGAGUUUGACACUCGAAACGAAUUCUACAUAAUCAAACUGAAAGAGGAGCUGAAAUCAGGAAGCAAAUACGUUAUUGAAAUUCCCUUUGAGGGAAAUUUGACCACCAGCUUGAAAGGAUAUUAUCGAAGCAGCUAUAAAGAUAAAGCGACUGGAGACAUAAAGUGGGUUGCAACAACGCAAUUUGAAGCAAUUGACGCCCGCAGAGCGUUUCCUUGCUUUGAUGAGCCCGCGAUGAAAGCUGUUUUCCAAGUGAACAUGAUUCGUCGCAAGGGUUUCACCUCCAUCAGCAACAUGACACUGGCAAAAACAGUCGAACUUAAGGACGAUUGGUUCCGCGACGAAUACGUUGAGAGUGUGCGGAUGUCGACGUACUUGUUGGCGUUUGUCGUUUCCGACUUUGCUCACCUCCAAUCCAACCCUGGCAACACCACCUUCAGGGUUUGGGCUCGACAAGAUGCCAUUGAACAGGCCCGGUACUCGCUGGAAAUCGGCCCAAAAGUACUGGAUUUUUUCGAGGAGUAUUUCAACGUUCCCUAUCCCCUUCCUAAAAUGGAUAUGAUUGCUGUGCCGGAUUUCUCGUCAGGUGCAAUGGAAAACUGGGGAUUGGUAACUUACAGUGAGAAGGCUAUGUUGUAUGAGGAAGGCGUUUCUGAAAUAAAUGAUAAAGAAGAAGUGACGCGCGUCGUGGCCCACGAAUUAGCACACCAGUGGUUUGGAAAUUUGGUCACCAUGAAGUGGUGGGAUGAUCUUUGGCUCAAUGAAGGAUUUGCUGUUUACGUUCAAGUGCUCGGAACUGAUCACGUUCAACCAUCGAUAAAUUACCCUGACUCUAAGGCGGUUAGUUCUCUCCUGGACAUCUUUUCUAAAGAUUCCUUAAAAUCGUCCCAUCCAGUUUCAAAUAAUAUUCAGCAUCCCAGUGAAAUCUGGCAAUUAUUUGAUGACAUAACAUUCGCUAAAGGCUAUCUAGUUUUGAGAAUGUUAAACUACGUUUUGGGCGAGGAAACUUUCAGGCAAGGCGUUAGCAGAUAUUUGAAGACUCACCAAUACGGCAAUGCGGUCCAAAAUGAUUUGUGGGCCAGUUUUGAGGAACAGUCACGAGACGACUCUGCUCGAGAUUCUAGUCGAACAGAAACGCCAAGAGAAGCGACAGUAAAAGAAAUCAUGGACAGCUGGACGCUUCAAACUGGAUAUCCGGUGAUUCACGUAACGCGGAAUUACGAGGCAGGCACCGCGGAGCUUACGCAGAAUCGUUUUGUGACUGAUUGGCUCGGCCGUUCGAGUGAGGAUCGCGAGAGCUUGUGGUGGGUUCCCAUCAGCUACACGGACCCGUCGAAUGCAAUCCUCGAUAUGAGCACCAAGCCUCGCUUCUGGAUGAACACGUCAAACGCAACUCUCAAAGGAUUGCCCAAAAAGGACCAAUGGCUCCUGCUCAACGUCAAUGCCACUGCUUUGUACCGGAUAAACUAUGAUACUGAAAAUUGGAAUCUUUUGUCCACUGCGCUGAGAACCGAGAAAAACCACGGAGGAAUUCCCACUUUGAACAGAGUGCAGAUCAUCGACGACGCGUUUAACCUGGCUAGGGCCGGUUUGCUCAAUUACAAUUUUACCCUGAACCUUCUUCGCUACCUCCGCCAUGAAAGAGAGUACCUUCCUUGGCAAACCGCCUUCUCGAACCUGGAAUAUAUUUCUGAUAUGACAAAUCGAGGAGGAGGAUACGGUCAGUUUAGAAAAUUCGUCCGCGCUCUUCUAACUCCCGUUUACAAUGCACUUGAUGAACCAUUCAAGAUAAGUGUGGCCGGAGAAACUAUCCCGCAGAUGAAACACCGCGCUCAGGUUGUAAGCUGGUCAUACUCCAUGGGGGUUUCCGACUGCGAGGAAAAAGUCGUGGCUCUUUUCAAAACCUGGCAGCAACAAACCGAGGAUCCAGACGUUGUUAAUCCUAUUCCUGUUGAACUGAGAAGCGUGGUCUACUGCAACGCUGUAGCAUCAGGAGGCGAACCGGCCUGGGACUUUUUGUGGAAGAGAUUUUUGGGCUCGAACGUCGCCGCGGAAAAAAGUAAACUUCUGUCUGCCUUAGGAUGCGCGCGAGAAAUGUGGCUGUUGCACAGAUAUUUGUACAUGUCCUUAAAUGAAACUUCAGGCAUUCGCAAGCAAGAUAUAGCUACCGUGUUUUAUUCGGUGGCCACUAGCUCGAGCUUCUUCUACAUUGCGAGAGAAUUUCUUUUCUCCCGCAUUAAAGAUAUUCACUCUUAUGUUAGUCCGGAUUUCUCUCAAAUUGGAUUACUUGUCAAACAUGUUUCUCAUUUAAUGAGUACGAAAAAUGAUUUUGAGCAGAUCAAGCAGUUUGUGGAACUGAAUUCGGAAUACCUAAAAGAUGUGAAAUAUGCAGUGAAAGAAGCACUAGAGAAUGUUGAGUUGAACGUGCAGUGGCACUCCAGAUACUAUCCAACUGUAGUCGAGUGGCUCUCUUCCCACGAAAAUGAGGAAUUUUCAACGUGAUCCGGUGCGAAAGCAACACUUUUUGUCUUAAAUAUGCAUUUAACUAAUUUUAUUUCCUAUUAAAUAGUAGAGAGACACAUUUAAUCAUAGAUUUUUUUGAUUUUUUAAAUUUUCUUUUGUGGAGCAUAAAGGAGAAAACCGAAAUUUUGAUUUAGUUUUGUUUUUGUAUUUUUUUCUUUGGGACAUUGUUUGUAAUCGGAUAGGGUGCAUUGUGGGGACAUCAUAUGUACUAAUAUGCUAAAUGACAAAUAAAUUGAAAUUGAAACAUUA